GAGUUGAGAAGGAAAGGGUUGAGAAUAAGACAGAGAAAAUUGAUAGUGAGAGAGAGAAGAGAGAGAGAGAGAAAAAAGUAGUGUGGCCACUCUGGAGACACACAAAAACCAACUCAAUUUUCUGGUUUCUGCUCUGUAAAAUUCCCUCUCUGCUUCUUCAACCCCCAUCUUCUCCUUUCAACAAAGCUUGAAUCUUUUCACUCACUCUCAUCCAAAAAUCCUUCUGGGGUUUCUUCUUUCAAUGUCACAACUCUAGCAUUCCCAAUUCUGCAACUGCAACUCACCCUUUCACCAAAGGCAUCACCUUUGAAGAUCAGAGACAACUUCUGCUACCAUGGCGUCAAAAUCCAGAUCCAAUCUAUCUGAAAAUCCCAACAAAGCAUCACUGGCAACGCCGAGAGUCAGUAAAGUUAGAAAGGUAGUGUCAAAAUCACAAUCUGAUUCACCAUCACCUCUGCAAAAUUCACGCCCUUCUGUGGAACGGUCGCCGCGAUCUGUGAACUCAAAGCCCACUGUUGAGCGGAAAUCACCAAGACCUCCAUCCACCCCACCUGAUAAACAAGCCCCAAAAGCAGAAAAGGGUUUAGAAUUGCAGAACCAGUUGAAUCUUCUUCAAGAAGAUCUAAAGAAAGCAAAGGAGCAGCUCCUUCAGGCUGAGAAGGAGAAGGUAAAAGCUACUGAUGAGUUGAAAGAAGCACAGAGAGUGGUUGAGGAAGCAAAUGAGAAACACAGGGAAGCAUUGGUGGCUCAAAAGCGGGCUGAGGAGAAUUCUGAGAUUGAAAAAUUCCGAGCUGUUGAAUUAGAACAGGCUGGAAUUGAAACUGUGAAAAAGAAGGAGGAUGAAUGGCAGAAAGAGCUUGAAAGUGUGAGGAACCAGCAUGCUUUGGAUGUGGCAGCUCUUCUCUCCACCACUCAGGAGCUUCAGCAGGUUAAACAAGAACUCGCCACGACUUGUGAUGCAAAGAACCAAGCAUUGAACCAUGCUGAUGAUGCGACUAAAAUUGCUGAAACUCAUGCAGAGAAAGCAGAUCUUCUCUCAGCUGAAGUAACGCGGCUGAAGGCCUUACUAGAUUCAAAAAUGGAAACAGAGGCUAGUGAAAAUGAGGUUAUAUUGAAGCUGAAAACAGAGAUAGAAGCUCUCAAGCAAGAACUUGAACAGGCCAGGGUUUAUGAUGAGAAGCUGACAGAGAAAGAGACUUCUAUCGAACAGCUCAAUGUUGAGCUUGAAGCUGCAAAGAUGGCUGAAUCUUAUGCACAUAGUCUGCUAGAGGAGUGGAAGAAGAAGUUUGAGGAACUUGAAAUGAGGGUUGAAGAAACAAACAAGUUGGAGAGAUCUGCAUCAGAAUCUUUGGAAUCUGUAAUGAAACAACUAGAAGGAAGCAAUGAUUUGUUGGAUGAUGCAGAAUCUGAAAUUUCAACUCUUAAGGAGAAGGUGGGAUUGUUAGAAAUGACAACUGGGAGGCAGAGAACAGAACUUGAGGAUUCACAACACCGACUUCUUAUGGCUAAGGAAGAAAAUCUUGAAUUGACAAAGAAGGUUGAGUCUCUCAAAUCUGAACUUGAGACUGUUAAGGAAGAGAGAGAUCAGGCUUUGAACAAUGAACACCUUGCAGCUUCUAGUGUCCAGACCCUAUUAGAAGAGAAAAACAAACUUAUCAAUGAAUUGGAGAAUUCUAGGGAUGAAGAAGAAAAGAGCAAAAAGGCAAUGGAAAGUUUAGCUUCUGCAUUACAUGAAGUAUCUGCAGAAGCUAGAGAAACCAAAGAAAAUAUACUAAGUAGCCAAGCUGAAAAGGACAGCUAUGAGAACCAGAUUGAAGAUUUAAAGUUAGUCUUAAAAGGUACUAAUGAAAAAUAUGAGUCAAUGCUGGAUGACGCACGGCACGAGAUUGAUGUUCUUAUAUGCAGUAUUGAAAAUUCUAAGAAUGCCUAUGAGAACUCCAAAGCUGAGUGGGAGCAGAGAGAAUUUCAUCUAGUCAGCAGUUUAAAGAAAAAUGAAGAAGAGAACGUGUUCCUCGAAAAAGAAAUAAAUAGAUUGGUUCAUUUGCUUAAAGAAACUGAGGAAGAAGCUAGUGCUAACAGGGAGGAAGAAGCUCAGUUGAAGGAAAAUCUGAAGGAAGUUGAGGGUGAGGCAAUCCAGCUGCAGGAAGCUCUUAAGGAAGUGACGGCUGAGAACAUGAAACUGAAGGAGAAUUUAUUGGAUAAAGAAAAUGAGAUGCAGAGUAUUUUUCAAGAAAACGAUGAACUCCGAUUUAGGGAGGCUGAAUCUGUUAAGAAGGUGGAGGAGUUGUCUAAGUUGCUGGAAGAAGUUACAACCACAAACCACACUGACGAAAAUGGGGAUCUUACAGACAGUGAGAAGGACUAUGAUUUGCUUCCUAAAGUGGUUGAAUUUUCUGAAGAGAAUGGGCAUGGAGGAGAAGACAUUUCAAAGGUAGAGCUUCCAGCCAAUCAGGAGGAACUCCAACAUAGCUUACUAGAAGAAAGUAUCUUGAAUGACAAGAAUGAAGAGAUUGAAUUUCCCAAGCUUGAAGAUGUGAAUGGGAAAGUGAAGGAAGAUGAGAGCAAAGAAAAAGAUGACCCGGUAGAAGUUGAAUUUAAAAUGUGGGAGAGCUGCAAGAUAGAGAAAAAGGAGUUCUCACCAGAGAGAGAACCAGAGCCUGAAUCAUUUGAAGAGGACAUUGAGUCGAAGAUAGAAGAAGGCAGUGAGAGCUUUGACAAGAUAAAUGGCACCUCUGUAACAGAGAAUAUUGAUGAUGCAUCAAAACAACAAUUGAAGAAGAAGAAGAAAGCUCUGCUUGGCAAGUUUGGAAGCCUGCUCAAGAAAAAGAGUACUAGCAACCAGAGAUAGAACAAUAUUCAAAUUUGGAAGUUAUAUUGAACAUUCAAUUGUUUGUGUUUGCUUUAUGUUUGUUGCUUCUCAGAAUGUAAUUUUUAAGGAAUGAAGAGGCUUGUACUAUUGUUCAAAAUUUUAAGCCAUUGCUUCUUUUGGGUUGUAGUUCUCUAUGUUGUUUAUGCAAAGUGUAUGUGAUGCAAAUGCAACAGUUUUUCCCUCUUGCCCCCCAUAUCUGUAUCUUUAUGUAAUCCCAAUUCAAAUGAAAGUAUAGACAGAAGAAAUUCAGUGUUCAA